ACAAGCCAGCAACCAGAGAGUCUCUAUUGUUACUUUAAACUCUCAAUUGACUCUCUUAAAGCUAACCAGGGCAGCCUUUUUGUGUAUUAAAUUUUUCCCCUUCGCUAUCUUCUUUCUCUUUGAUCUCUCUGUACAAAGAGUAGGCUAACAUUUUACUCUUUGUCCCGUCUAAAUCCAGUGUUUUCAAUAUGGAGCCGUCUAUUAGUUUUUAGAGCGUUUACUGGAUUUUUUUGGUUGCUUUGUACGUGUCGUGAUUACAAUACAUACCCAAUACAUGUCUUCAUGUUCUACACAAAGAGUAGACCUCAGUUAAUGGAUUCAUCCAAUUUACCAGAUAUCCUUAAUUCCCAUUUACCACCUCCGCCACCGCCACCCCAUUCAUCUAGCCAUCACCAUCAUCACCAUCAUAAUCAUCAUCAUGUAAAUCACCAUCAUCCCUAUCUUCGUUCAGGCUGUUCUCGUGAUAGUGAUGCUGAAACCAGCACAACAAAGUCUUGUUUAGCCUGCUCUGGAUUAUCCAUAAGAUGGUUUAUUUUGUCAAUCUCAUUUAUUGGCCUUGUCUGUACGGUCAUAGGUACCUUUCUUGGUGCUGCUAGGCCCACCGGCAAGGAACAUUUAACAUUAGCGCUUCUCAUGAUUGGUGUUGGAGUGGUUCUCAUAAUUGUAAGUGGAAUCGCAUGGAGAUUAACCUCCAAUGGACCAACAUGGAGAGCACUUUUUGGCUUUGGUGAGAUACCAAGCACUGUAGGUUUACCUGGAAGUACACUGGAAUCAACAGCUAGACGAUUCCUUCCCCGAGUACCAGAUCCACAUGGUCGUUCGGGGGCUCAUCAUCAUCCUUAUGGGGCCAUGUUUUACCCUGAAUUUCAAUACCGUCCUCCACCGCCAUCUUAUCAAGCCUCCAUGCAAGAAUAUCGAUUGAGAUUACUUCUCCUGGAGAGAUCAUCCUCUCAAACACAGCCUACCUCUCUAUCGCCAGUUUCACCUCCGCCUACUUAUCGAAGUUCAGCGGCUUCAAGUCUUGCUGGAACCUUAAAUCGGCCUGGAUGUAAUACUAUUCAACGACCCAUAAGCCGACCACCAAGUUAUCGGUCUAUAAUUGAUCAUAACUCUGUUAAUAAUAAUAAUAGUAGCAACAAUUAUAGUAACAACAAUUCAAAUGGGCAUCCAAUAUACUCAUCACCUCGUCUUACCACUACAUCCUCAACCAAUACUAGUCAACAGGCCCUUGGAAUCACCAGCACCGGAGGAACUGGUACAACCCCCACCUCCAAUUAUAAGGAUGAUGUAAAUAGGAUAACAAUUCAUCAGACAAAUACAACAUCAACUGUCUGCACACCUCAUGGAGUCAAUAUUGUAGCCAUACCACCAUUGACUGUUGAAAAUGAUACGGCAGUUAACCAUAUUAGUACCAUUAGUAAUCCAUCAAACGGAUUAACAAUACUGUCAAAUUUAUCAUCAUCAUCACAAUCUUCAUCAACAACAAACUCAUCAUCUACCCAAACAACAACCUCAUCAACAUCACAAUCAUCAUCUACAACUACUACACCAUUAUCAUCUGGAACAGUAGCAUCUACAAUAAUUAAUGCUGCCGCUGCUGCUACUGUUACCGGUGUGACCUCAAAUAGUGAUAAUUUAUUGACAUCAGCCUUUACUAAUGGACCCAAUCCUUCGAUCUCAACUACGGGCAACUCGGAGAUUCAAAUACUUGCUCAUGUUUAAUGAUAGAGGAAAGAUAAUUUCUUGAUGAAAGUCAACUGACUAUUUAAAUUGGUCGUUAAUUUUGUUUCUUUUUUCUCCUCUCUCAAUGUGACUUAUAGCUAAUUGUCCGUUGUAAAACUGAGAAUGAUAAUGGAGAAGUUAAUUUCUUCGUAUCACAAUCAAGGUUGUUAUGUUCUAUAUUUAUAAUCUUUUCCCUUGAUUGUUUCAUAUAUAUAUAUACUGAUUAUAUUUUUGUAAAAAUAUCCAAUAGAUGGACUGAGCAACUUAAAUGAACCUAUUGUGAUCAGGGUCAAUGAAAGGGAGAGUUUAAAAAGAAACAAAAUUAACCAACUUGACUACAAUCUACACAGUAAACUGUGAUGGUUAGCAAAUUUGCAGCUUUAAGAAUCGCUGGACAAGAUAAUACAUUUUCAUAACUAUUAUCAUUAUUAAUUUACAAUGCAUGAAUUGAUAAAUUGUCAAACAAUUACAAAACAAAACAUGUUUAAAAAAUAACUCAAAAUUGUAAAGUUUUCAUAAGUCUUGAUCCAAUGAUUAAGCUGAAACAAAAAAUGAUUAUUAGAAACCUUUUUUGUUUUGUGCCUUACAAAUCAAACACCAACAACAACAACUUAAUUAUCAAGCCAUUAAAAACUAUUUUUUGCCUUUGAAA